AUGGCGAGUCAAGGGAGAUCCUCAAACAAAGUAAUAGCCACUCGGGGAGGAGUCGGCCACGAUGCCGAUUUAAUAACCCCAAAAAAAAAAAAAAACCAUGGAGUUCCUCAUGAUUUGAUAGUAGAGAUAUUGGGGAAACUUACCGUCAAGUCUUUAUUGAGAUUCAAGUGUGUCUCCAAGCAAUGGUUUAGGCUUAUCACCCAUCCUCACUUCACCGAUCAAUAUCUUUCAAACCAAAGGAAAAAGGAUCCUCGAUUUCUUACUGCCUAUUUUAAAAUUGAUAAAGCCACAAAGCACAUAGUUAUAGCUUCCAUGGUCAUCAAUGGAAUUUCAUUACCAGAUACUAGAAUCCCUUAUCGUCACCAACGGAUGGGUGAUGUUCCACAUGAUGGCUAUCACAUGUUGAAUUCCUGUGAUGGCAUCCUUUGUUUUCUUGGACGUUUUAAAAUCCUUGUUCUUAACCCUAGCACAACACACCGAAUUUUGCAUCAAAGUGAUGUGGAUUCAUUUUCUCCCGUCACAAAUCCAUUCCAAGUCGCUAUUAAUUUUCCACAGCAACAACAACAAUUGGGGUUUGAUCGUGAUCUAGUUACGAAAAGACUCAAGAUUGUCAAAGUGUUUAAUCCUUAUCCAAAUAUAGGACCACCUUUGCAUCACCAUGAUUAUUGUGAAAUUUUCACCUUACGUCCAAACCCCAAGGUCUUUUGGAAUUAUAUUGGUAAAAUCCCUUACAAAAUUGAUGUUUCGUCACCUUGUGUGUAUGUGAAUGGAGUCAUUUAUUGGUCCACCGAUGACAUCUACCAUCUUGAAAAGACUGAAGUUAUCAUCAUGUUGGAUUUGAACAUGGAGAAGUUCCAAUCAAUCCCACACCCAAGCUGUUCAAAUAGACAGCGAAGAACUAUGCAGUUGGGGAGUUUAAGAGAAAGUUUGUGCUUGGCACAACAAGUAUCGGAUUGUGAACUAAAUAUAUGGAUAAUGGAGAAGGAGAAGUCGCCAUUAGUAACUUGGGAGAAGCUUUAUUGUAUAAGGCUUUUGAGCAAUGACCUCCAGUUUGGUGUCGGAUUUGCAUUUGCAGAGGACAAAAAUGGAAGGUUUGUGGUUUGCGGUGGAGAUAAGGUGUAUGUAUUUAAUGAAAAUGGCGAGAAGGGUUAUUUGGUGCAUGAUCAGCAGGAUGUGCCCAUUUCAUUCACUGAAAGUUUAGAAAGACUUUGA